AUGCCAAGGAUAGAGGCAAUGCGUAGCGCCUUCAAGGUGGUGGUGCGCUGCCGUCCACAGCUACCGGAGGAAAAGAAUGACAAAUGUUGCCGUGUUUCGUUUGGAGCAAAAGACGAGGGUCGGGUGUUUGUGAGCGGCAAAGGCCAGGAGGACACGCGCUGUUUUACCUUUGACCGGGUCCUUCCGCCGGAGUCCACGCAAGAGAAUGUCAUGCAGGAGGUGGUUCCGAUGAUUGACCACGUUCUUAAUGGCUUUCACGCCACUGUGUUCGCCUACGGGCAGACAGGGAGCGGGAAAACGUACACUGUGGAGGGCAUUGAUUACCUGCGGCACGGCAGCGGGAAUCCUAGGCCCAAAUUUAACACGCCUCCCCGACAGCACGGCAUUAUUCCUCGUCUCAUCCAGCUUGUGUUUGACCGCGCACGACAGAUGCAGUUGCAGGACGAGCAUCUGCGGUUUAAUUUUAGUUGUAGCUUCUACCAGAUCU